GAUUGCAAUCCACCAAUAGGGACAUGCAGAAGGGAGUCAAUCAUGGCAGCGGAAGCAUAAUGCUCUGUGAAUGACUUCAUGUCCGAACUUGUAAACUGGUCAUUUUAGUGGGAGAUUUUAACCUCUUAUUUAACUUUAAAAUAUCUAAUUUUAAAUAUUUAUCUAUUGCAAAUCGUCAUUGUAACAAUCAGUUACAGACGGUCUCAGAGUCAGUGAAGGACGAUGAUUUUUGUCUUGUGAUUGAUUUACUCUCUCGGAAAUCCUGGGAUCUCCAUUGAAAGUUUCGUGAACAAAGUGCAAGUCAGCUGGUUGGAGGCUGUUAGGGGCUGCAAGAUGGAGCAGAGUCCCGUGACUCAGUAUGAGCCUGUGGCGGAGAUUGGAGGAGGGGCCUACGGCACCGUCUACAAGGCCCGAGACUCGCGGAGUGGCAAGUUCGUGGCGCUCAAAAAUGUGAGGGUGCACAGAGACGAAGAAGGCCUCCCCGCCUCCACCGUCAGGGAAGUGGCCCUGCUGAAACGGCUCGAGCAGUUUGACCACCCCAAUAUUGUCAGGUUGUUUGACGUGUGCGCGACCAUGAGAGCAGACCGAGAAACCAAAGUCACCCUGGUGUUUGAGCACGUUGACCAGGAUUUAAAAACCUACUUGGAGAAGGCUCCAUCGCCUGGACUUCCGGCGGAUACGAUAAAGGACCUGAUGAGGCAGUUGCUGAAUGGACUGGCGUUCCUGCACUCCCACGCUGUGGUGCACCGGGAUCUGAAGCCUGAGAACAUCCUGGUGACCAGCCGGGGCCAGGUGAAGCUGGCAGACUUCGGCCUGGCUCGCAUCUACAACUGCCAAAUGGCACUGACUCCGGUGGUGGUGACACUGUGGUACCGUGCCCCAGAAGUCCUACUUCAAUCAACCUACGCCACCCCUGUCGACUUGUGGAGCACAGGCUGCGUCUUUGCUGAGAUGUUUUGCAGAAGGCCCUUGUUUUGUGGGAAAUCAGAAGUUGACCAAUUAGGAAAGAUUUUUGACAUGACAGGGCUCCCAGCAGAGGAGGACUGGCCAGAGGACGUGACCCUGCCACGAAGUGCCUUCACCAACCGGCCUCCGCAGUUGGUCAAGAACUUUAUACCCGAAAUCGAUGACUUGGGGGCAAGCCUGCUGCUGGAACUGCUGACGUUCAGCCCGAUGAAAAGAAUCUCUGCCUUCAAGGCCCUGCAACAUCCUUAUUUCCUCGGCCAGAGCCCUGAGGUUUAAGAUGACCGAUCUGUGCCCUGUGGAAAGGAAACUGUAAACAGCUUUGCCUGCUUGUCCACACUUGGGUGCCACAGCAGUGCACAGCUGCCCUACAGAUGUGUGCUGCUGGAGGGGGAUUGGGGGUGGGGUGGGUUUGGGUGAAGUGGGGGGGGGGGGGGGGGAGGAAGGGUGGGUGGAAGGCAAGAAGGAAAUUGAGCUUUAACCAUCUGAGGAUCUCCCCAGUGUCUGUUGAUCUGUGAAGCUGGUUUAUUUGGGCACUGCCAGCAGAUGGCAGCAUGGCACUGGUUUGGGGGGACUUGCAAUCUGUCAGCUUUCCACAUGGCAUCAUUCUCUUGCUGUGCCUGGGUUUGUUAGUGUGCCAGUCUAUUGGUGCCCUUGACACUGUAUGAGGGCUGAGAAUUUGGUGCUCUCUCCCUCCAGGGACUUAGUCAGUGCACCCUCACCCCAAACCAACCUUGCCCCUUUAAUUUGGAGGCUGAGUCCUCUCUAGCUGGGACAUUUUAAAGGAAGGUGUUGCCAAUAUCUCUUUAAGCAUAAUCACCUCCUGUGGCAACAGAAAGUAGAUGCCAUCCUUGGCCAAAGGGUUUUUUAACAAUGUGACCUUGUGCUGCUCUACACUGCCUGGCAACUGAGGGGAGGAGGGAAAGAAAGUAAUUUCAUCUUCCUAUCCAAACAACUGUUGCUGUUUUCUAGUGUAUUGAACUUCUUAAAGGAACCCCGCCCCAUUUUCUUGUGUAACAUUGGCAGAAUAUUUCCUCUGGUGGCCUGUUGCUUGGGUCAAGAUCCAGCAGCCCACUGUGUUGUGUGGCUGGGUGAACAUGCCAGUGCCUAGAUUUACAAAAUCCACUAAUUUCCUGAUGUCACGGUAAAGUGGGUGCAGUUAAUCUUCUUGUUGCUCCCUGUUUGCUGCUUGCACUUCUGUAGCGCCUUCCACCCCACUGUGGGAUGCCCUGAUCUGAUUCACCACCAACAAUGUGUGUGUGUGUGUGUGUGUGUGUGAAGUCCAGUUGCUGCUCUACACCAUUUUACACCAUGGAAUUGUAAUAUGUGUUGUGUUUAAGGACCAGGUUAGGUUAGAUGCUGAGCAAGUAUUAAGCUGUGAUGGUUUAAAUCCCAGAGUAACAUUUGGGCAUUUUAUCUCCACAGAUAUACAUGUUUUAUUGACAAAGAUGUAUGAAACAGAACUGUAUUUGAAAUGAAUGCCAUGUUGGGGGGAGGGGGUGGGUUUGCAUCAGCAGGGAGGAGGCUAGCCAAUUUGAACCUCCUAACUCUAUUGUCUUUCAAGUUCUCCUGGAGAGGCUAAGGUGGUGUCAGGGUUGACCUGAACCAACGGCUUUCAAAUCCUCUCCAUAACUUUACAAAUGAUGAGCCAUUCCAGCUGUAGCCCUUCUCCCUAACUGAGACUGUUAUUGUUGGAGGAGAUAUAAACAAUGGCCCAAGGUGUGUAACAGAACCAUUGUAGCCAACACCAUGCAAUUGUUGCAGAAGUUUUAAUUGUAGAAUUCAGCAUGGGUGAGCAAUGGAGAUUUGACCCUUUUUUUUUAAACUUAACAGAUGCUAUCUCCAUCAUGGCUGCUAGAAUAUUGUCCGAAGGUUGAGAGGCAUCAGAACGAUAACUGUGACCUUUGGCUGUUAAGGGAGAAAAUGUGGUCUUCUAAAGCAGGUCUAAACUUCCUUCUAAUGUAAAUGCAAAUUCCCAAGAUGGUCUUAUUUUUGGAAUUCAGAUCAAGACCCUUUUAGUAACUCAGUGGAGCUUUUAAAAACCAGUCUCUAAGUAAUAUGCAGCACUUGAUAUUAGAUUCUGAUUGUAUUAUGCCAUGAAGUGCCACCUGAACAAACCAAUUACUGGGAAGCAGUGACUUCCCCAUUUUGCUCAUUUCCUUAUUGUUUUCAUUCCUGCUGCAUUUGAGGCAGGCUAGAUGUAUGUGGCUCAAAAAAAAAGUGCACUCUGGUUCUGAAGUCUCACUUUGUUGUACCCACCAUUGGAGGGUAGCCAUUUUGUAGUCUGGUAUUGAACUAGGCAGCCUCCUGUGCAGAAUAGUAAACUUAGUUGUCAAUAAACAAACAUUCCAGCCAUUAUUCUGAGACCUGGUCACCCUUUGCGGUGGAAGUGUCUCACCUUGAAGAUUUGAAGUUCGCUUAUCUCAAGAGGUGCUAGCUUGCUCCACUUGCACUGGACUCAAUGGACCAGAACUUUUCCACAACAUUGCAAGUGGCCAUAAACAGUUUUAAUAUGGCAUUUAAAAGUUUGCUAUUUACAAUGGGCAUGUGUAUUUUACCAAGAAUGUAUUGGAACAGGAGGCCUGGUAGCCUUAAGUUUAUUCUAUCAUUCAGUGUGAUCCAAUUCUGUAUACAUGUUUUCCAAUAGCCCUUGAUACUUCUGGUUAACAAAAAUCUUAAUUUCACCUGGCAUCACUUGCUGUUUACAAAAGAGGGUUCCAGAUUUCUAUCACUCACUGUGCAUCAGAUUCCCUAAUUUUGUUCUUGGAAAGCCUAGCUUUAGUUUUUAAAGACUCAUGGGUGGCGUAAGAGCACUGUUGCCUUGAGCUCCAUUACCCUGGGUUCUGAUGCUAUCUGUGUAAAGUUGCACUUGUGAGUGCAUGGGUUUGCCCUGGGUGGUAAUAUUAAGUGGUUGCUGUAAAUUAUUUCCAGUGUACAUGGAUGGUAGGAGAAUCAUAGUGAAGUUCAUGAGAAUGAGAGAGAAAAUAAGUUAUAGAGAAGCAAUUGAGGAAACAGAAUUGAGGGGAUGGCUUAGAGCAAGCACAGACCCCAUGGCCUAUGUCACAAGAUGUCCCCUUUAAACUUAAAUUUCUGCCCAAAAGGAAGGUUUAUGGGAUUGAAAAUAAAAACAAUUAAAAUACCCUUCCUGGGGAAAAAUCCUAUUCAUGUGGCUGCACUGCACCACUGUUGAAGCAAGCCAGGGAAUGGUGGAAAUCUGGAUCUGU